UUUCUUGUGACUGAUGCAUCCCGCCAGCUCGUAUCGCCUACGCCUCUUGAGAGACUUUAUCCGUCUCUUCGUUGCACCCUCGCUGCUGUUGAACCUCGUCUUGCGCCUUAGCGGUGUUCAGUUCGGGUUGCUUCGUAUACUCGCAUAUCCGAUCUGGAUAACUGUAUGCGUACAUGCGAGAACUAAAUAUCGCGACUGGGCCCACGCCCGCGACGCUCAUAGGCUCGGCGCGAGGACAAUUCCUUGCGUCGUCGGCAAAUGGCCAGGAAAUCUGGACAUCUAUCUGAGGCUUAUGAAGACUGGCGAUGAGACCUAUCUUGCCUCUGUCCAGCUAAGCCUAUUCGAGGAAUAUCAGGCCACCACUCUCAAUCUUAGGCUAUUGUGGCGAGACGUUAUUAUGACCAUGGAUGAGAAGCAUAUUCAUUUCAUUCUUGCAACUGGGUUCCAGCAUUUCUGGCGUGGCAACCUGCAGAAGGAGCGCAUGGAAUCAUUUCUUGGAUCGGGGAUCUUCAAUCGUGAUGACGAGGCGUGGAAGGCGCACCGAGCAUUAGCUCGUCCCUUCUUCUCGCGAGAUCGUAUCACAGACUUUGAACUCUUCGAGAGAUACACGGACCGCACUCUCAUGCUCAUAUCGUCUCGCUGUUCCGCAGACGGACCCGUUGAAGUGCAGGACCUGUACGCGAGGUUCACCCUCGAUGCUGCAUCAGAAUUUCUGUUCGGCCAGAACCUGGAGACGCUCUCGGGUAAAUUACCAAUCCCAGGGCAGACGCAUCUUAGCGCAAAAGGCUCCGUGAUGGACGAUGACUUCGGAUCAUUUGUACGGGCGUUUGAGUCGGCUCAGGAAAGGAUUAUGACGAGAUCGCGGCGAGGAUAUUUCUGGCCGGUCUACGAGCUAUUCGGACGUGACCCUCAGCUCCGUCAUAUGGAGGUCAUUAAGGGGUGGGUCAAUCCGGUGUUUGACCACGUCAUGCGGAACAAGGCUCAAAUGCAGAAGGCCGGGGCGAAGAACUCCUUGGACCAGAGCAUUUUCCUUGAAUAUCUUGCCGAACAGACGGAAGAUCGGAAACUCAUUCAAGACCAAUUACUCAACAUUCUCCUGGCCUCCAGGGACACAACAUCCUCCCUGCUCACAUUCAUCACCUACUUCCUCGCGAUGCAUCCGGACGUCGCGCAGAAAUUGCGCAAAGAAGUGCUCGAGUACUGUGGCGCAGAUGGGACACCUACCUUUGAGACAAUCAAGUCUAUGAGAUAUAUGCGCGCUGUGAUUAACGAGACUCUCCGCGUCUUCCCUCCCGUUGCGACAAACUCACGCGAAAGUCGACCACAGGCGUGUCUUCUCCCCAGACCUGAUUGCACACUCCCCGCGGAUCCUCGGCCCCUCUACUUCCCUGCGUCGACACCGGUAAUAUAUCUACCUAUUCUCACCCACCGAAACCCCGCGCUGUGGGGAGAUGACGCGGACAAGUUUGACCCUGACCGCUGGCUGGACCACCGUCUGUCGAUAUUCACCUCAAACCCAAUGAUCUUCACGCCUUUCAGCGCUGGGCCGCGUAUCUGUCUCGGACAAAACUACGCCCUCAACGAGGCGUCAUAUUUCCUCACGCGGCUGAUACAGAAAUUCGAUACAUUCACGCUUGCCCCUGAAGCUCAGCCGGACGGUUCAGUACCACCGCCAGAGUGGAAGGCUGCUAAAGGACGGCAAAGCAUCGAAAAAUUAUGGCCUAGUUCGGCAUUGACGAGCUUCGUCAAGGGUGGCCUUUGGGUACGCUUCGACAAGAUAGAAUAGAUUCAAUCUGUGUGCAACUUAGCUUUGAAGUUCAAGUUCAGCGUUUAAAUUAGAUGGUCAUUGCACUUGUUUCAUGUUACCUCCAUAGAAGGCGCUGGAUUCCGUGAUUGUUUGAUCGAUGCAUAAGAUCCCUUUUCAACGGCAUUCAAAUAGCAGACGCUCAACGACGUACAUC